AUGGAGACGGCCGAAAAUUCCAUUCCUGUUGUCACUGGGUCUUCCUCAUUGCCAUCUGCUGACCAGGCUACAUCAUCGACUGAUAACGCCCCUGCUCGAGCGUCCCUGCCAGAGCGGGAGGAACCGCAAGAAGAGCAGCAGCAGGAACGAAAUUCCUCCGAACUUAUUCAACGUACCCAGACAGAUGUACGAGAUACGUCCCAAUCGAUCCCUCCUUCUAACCCCCAAUCACCGAACGUCACUAGUGCGCCCAGGGAUGGUCCAGAAGAGGAUCUCUCCACGCCGACAGGAGAGGAGCUGAAGGAAAUGGAGGCUAUGGCAAACAGCCACAGUGCUUUAGACUAUGACCAUUGGGAGAAAUCUUUCUUCAUGGAACUUGGCGAUGACCCCGAACUUCCCCCCGUCGAAAAGGGUCGUAUGACAUGGAUAGUCAAGGGUGCUCGAGCUGUCACAGGGCCCAAAAGCGAUUGUCGGAUUAUACGCUCUCCUCCUGCAUACAUCGGAGGUUACUGGUGGACGGUCAAGUUCUUUCCUCGCGGGAACGGAGUGGGCCACUUAAGUCUCUAUAUUGAGUGUUCAAAAACCAUGCCGCCACCCAAAAAUGAUAUUCUUGAAACUCGGUUCAGGGUCCUACGUGGGCAUCCUGACGCUGUGCUGAGCGAUUGCCCUCCUGAUGUGGACUUUCAAUUUGGCCCGACAGACAACUCACCGACGAACUGGCCUGAUGAAUUCCUGAAAUGCUAUUCAGCUGCCGCAAAUGAUCGGGAGAAUUCGUCCACAGAUUGCAAUAAGGAGUCGAGCCAGUGCGACUGGCGGGUUUCUGCUGAGCUGGGUGUUGUCAUGUACAACCCUAAUGAACCUCGUACUUACUCGUCAGAGAACUCCUGUCACCAGUUCAAUCGUCACAAUGAGGACUGGGGCUGGACUAUCUUCUACGAUAAGUGGGACCAGAUACACCUACGCCAGUGGUGCCAACGCCAACCAAUGCUCCGUAAUGACACAUUGGCGUUCGACGUGUAUAUUCGAGUCGUGAACGAUCCCACGUUGUCGCUUUGGUGGCAUUCUAGUGAUUCCGAGCCACAAUGGGACAGCUUCAAGCACACAGGUUACAUGCCCAUAGGUGAUUCGUAUGUUGAAGGCAGGCUUGAGGCGGCGGGUUUGGCAGUCUGGUUGAACCUUGCUCCUUUCUACAAGAUCAUUCAGAAUGUGGAUAUCCUGGAGCACCUCACAAACGUUGAUGCCAAGCCCAGACCACUGUGCGAUGCACUGCAGACAUUGCUCUGGGGCCUGCGAUCAGGGGCUUCUGAUUUAAGAGAGACCGACCAGAUUACGUCUAUCCUGGGCAACAUGCGUGAGGGUUCGCGCGAUGUAAUCACAUUCUGGGAACGACUGCGUCGGGCACUUGAGCUCGAGCUGGAGGGUACCCAAGAGGCCAAUGAAUUUGGUAAACUCUUCGACAGUCCAUCUCCUCCCUUGGAUGUCGCCAUCAAUACCCUGCCGAAGGAGCUCAACUCCCGUAUUCCCGUGCAAGUUGGCCAAGCCAAGUCUAUGCAAGUCGCCGUUAACCAUUACCUGGGUGAGAAACCGGGACGUUGGGCGUUGCCACCCAUCCUCAGCGUAGAGUUUUGUCGUAACAAAUAUGACUCGACAACUCGACGUUGGCAGCUGCUCUACGAUCGGGUUGAGCUGAAUGACGAGAUCGACCUAACUGCGCGAGUAAUGGACAGCGAAUGUGGCAAAUACGUUCUUUACGGUUACGUCGCCCAUACCGGUCCACGUACUUCGGACAAGUACUUCAGUGUCUUGCGUCCUGGGGGUCCAGAAAGCAUGUGGCUAUCCUUUGAUGACUCGGAUGAAAUAAAGGUCCGUCUUCUGACACGGGCUAUGGUGUCGGAUUGUUCUGGCCUGGAUACGUCGAAUGCUUUGGAGACUUCCCAAAUGGAUCUUAUCGAGAAGAAUGGGCAUGAUGCUGCAGUGGCCGCCCUUUAUAUCCGUGCCGAUGCUGUGCAGGAGUAUCUUCCAGGACCGCAAGGUCCGUGGAACGCUUCUCAGGAAAUGCGGACGUACUAUGCAGACCAUGUCUUCCCCUUCUGGAACUUGUCGAUCGAUGACAAGGCAGAACGAAGCCUACAGGUCGAGAUUUACUCUUUAUCCCAGUACGACCAGCUUCCAAGUCUCUUCCAUACAUACGAUCUCAUGUCCCAGGCUAAGUCAACCAACCACGUUCUAUAUCUAACCGUACCUUCUUCUACCACUUUCGCGGAUCUCCGGAGGAAAGUUGCCUUGUGGGAUUCAGAUAGUGGUGGGGCUAAGACACUUCCAGAACGUAUUCGUCUGUGGCGGAUUGGGAGUAUAGAUUCUGAGUUUGGGCCAACACUCGCCUUUGACCGCGUGUCAGACCUAAACCAAUCACUGGGCACGAAACUAAAGAAUGUACGAUUAUGGAUGCAGCUGGUUUCGGAUGCGGACGCCGAAUACUUUUCUAUGCCAGACCCGCCACCUCAGAUCUCCGUAAUGGAGGAUAAGCCCGAGGGGGCAAUCAUCGAGCGCGUGGAAUCCGAUUCUAGCGAUGGCCCAUUGGUGAAUGGGGGUAUAGAUAGUUCACGUAGCAGUGUCUCCCCCAGCGCCGUUCAAUCUGUGUCUAAUCUGGAAGGGACUGCUCGCGAACAGCACCGGCGGCCCAGUGAGGGUGUUCGUGUAGAUGAUUCAACAUCAGUCGCUGUUGGCCCUGGCACGUCUGAUGCGUCUAACCAGCGCGCUGGGCACAAUGAUCAUACACCAGACGAGGCGCCCACCUUUUUUGCAGAAACCUCCGGCCAAGAAGAGUCGCGGCCUUCCGGUGUUCAGGAAUGCCAGAGACAAUUAUUGCCCGUACGGCACGUGUUCUACUUUAUCCAGAUAUUUGACGCGGAGCAGCAAACACUACGAACCGUGGGCUCGUUCUUUUCACGGUUAGAAGAGAAUGUCAAGGACGGUCUCCGGAAGCAUCUUGGCUGGCCAGAAGACCGGGACUUUCUGAUCUGGGAGCGUACUAGCCGGUUGAAUAGCCUAUCCGUAUACUCAGGUGCAACUUUCGAACCGCCCAUUUCAGAUGGCACUUGCUUCAUUGUGGGUGACAAACUAAGCAAGGAGAGAUGUACUCGGUUCGCCUCGGCCGGACUCUUCACUGAACCCAGCCGGCUCGUGGAGUAUCUGUGGGCUGAAUCGCGCAGGCAUCCGACCCUCGCCUUCACUGGGACAAGGACGAUCGAGGCGACAUUUAACAGUGAUUAUUACAGCGGGCAGUUCGUUAAGGGCCUGUACCACGGAAAGGGAACGCACAUUUCUGACUCAGCAGGCACCUACGUCGGGGACUUUGUCUUGGGCCAGCGCCACGGCCAUGGACGGUUGGUGUACCCUUCUGGUGAUAUCUAUGAUGGUGAUUGGGUGGACAACAAACAGCAUGGGCAAGGGACAUUCAUCGAAAAGAGAACUGGCAACAAGUAUGUUGGCGGUUACAGCAAUGGUAAACGACACGGCAAGGGCGUCACAUACUGGGAGGUCGCCGAUGAGGAACUGGAUCUAUGCCAGAUAUGCUAUGGCGAGCCGCAAGACACGUUGUUCUACGAUUGCGGGCAUUUGUGCGCCUGCAUGGAAUGCGCGCAGCAAGUGGAGAUCUGCCCGAUAUGCCGCAAGGAUGUCAUGAACGUGGUCAAAGUCUACAGAAUAUAG